AUGUCUGAUACCAAAAAGCUUGAUGUACCCAUCUCCGUUGAAGGCCUUUUAGCCCUCACAUGGUCUCUUAACCUACUGGUGUUCGUCUUUAUGGUGCUCCGCCUGUGGAUGAAUCGCCGCCAAAGUCUCAAAACCCCUUCUAUUAUUAUUUCUGACUCGCUUCUCGUGGCAUCUUUCAUAAUCGGCAUUGCUGCAAUUUCAACGGAUGCGUGGAAGUAUAAUUUGGAACUGAUGGGGAGAACGAGAGUGAUUACUCCCGAGGAGAAUAAAAUAGCUUCCUUGCUUUCUUUUAUCUGUGGAUAUCUAGUAUUUUCGGCGAUGUGGUUAUCGAAAGGAGCAUGCGUGAUCUAUUACUACCACCUGUUCCCAAACCUAUCUCCAUACUUGAGGAAAUACCUUUUCUUCGUCACCGCGUUCACCGCAGGAACAUAUGUCUUUGUGAUAUUUCUUCACAGCUCCUGGUGUCGUCCAAUCUUCACAAACUGGGAUGGAACCUGCAACGCCACUGGCAAUACCACCACCUUGCCACUCUGGAGUUUCCUCAACAUCUUCACCGACAUCUUCAUUCUCAUCCUCCCACUUUCCGUCCUCCAUACCCUCCAACUCGGCAGACGUCAACUCGCUGGUCUUGUAGUCGUAUUCUUCAUUGGAUCACUCUCCAUCAUUGCUGCGAUCGCUCGCUUCGUCGACAUCUACCCUAAGAUACGCAAGGACCCGAAUGCGCCCAUUGUACAUACGUAUGAGCUGUGGGCGUGUGUCGAGAUUACUAUGGGCCAGCUAGUUGUCUGCUUACCUGCACUCAGAGCGUAUCUCAGAAAAACAAGAGAUAGAAAGAAUGCUAGUCAUUAUCAGACAAGUUCGAGCUUAGGGAGAUCAAAAGAGGCGAUUUCGGCAAAGUCGAGUGUGAUCCGGACGCCAGUCGGUGGGUCGGAUGGAAGAUAUAGCGAGACAGAGCUGGUGAGGAGUGGGCGUGAAGAGUGUUAG